AUGAUUCAGGUGAAGAUAAACUGCAAACCUCCAAUCGUCCAUUUGGCCCUCAGCAACCUGCCGGCUGGCUUGACAACUCCGCAGUACAACGAAGGCAAUCUUGGGAAGUCUGCACGAGCACAGCAACCGAUAGAUCUCACUAAAUUGGCCAUUUCCUCAUGUACCUCCCCUGCUUCCGAUGCUGCCGGCCAUGUCAGUCUCAUGUCGGUCCUGCCCACCGUCCUGUCCGCCCAACCCGCGAAACUCGGCUCUCUGAUCCCGCUCCAACUACUUCAAGGCACGAGUGAUUGUUCACGUCUGUCUCGCGACACCCUCUCGAGACGUGAGCGCCAAUCUGUCAUGUUGAUGCCCAUUGCACAUGCUAGGCUGUAG